AUGAGCGCCUUCGGUUCUAAGUCGACGGCGGCGGCGACAAGCAGGCCCGAUGCUGCAUCCACCAUUGAAAAUAUCCCCACAUCCCGAGAACUCGGGGUCGCCGUUCCAGCACCAGAUAGUAAAGAGGCAAAAACAAAGACAGAGCGUAAACCAUGGGCACACUUUGUCGCUGGGGCAGCCGGAGGAAUGACUUCGACAUUCUUAACUUCGCCAUUGGACGUCGUAAAAACUCGGCUUCAGUCUGAUUUUUACAAGCAACAAUUAGCGGCUAGUCACAGCAACCGCAGCGGAGGUCUGAUCAGACAGGGCGCUAGACAUUUCCAGGAAACGUUCCAGAUACUGGCAAAUGUUCACAAAGUCGAGGGCUGGCGAGCUCUUUUUAAAGGCCUUGGUCCUAACCUUAGUGGUGUCGUUCCAGCUCGUGCAAUCAACUUCUACACCUACGGCAAUGGGAAACGCAUAAUAGCCAACACCUUUAAUGACGGAAAAGAGAACUCAACCGUACACCUUUUCGCUGCCGCCGCUGCCGGUAUCGUAACCGGAACCGCCACAAACCCUAUCUGGCUUAUCAAAACCCGCCUCCAGCUUGAUAAGCAGCAUGCCUCCUCUCCUGGCAGCCGUCAAUACAAAAACAGCUACGAUUGUGCGCGACAAGUGAUCCGGCAAGAAGGGUUCCGGGGGCUCUACCGCGGACUGUCAGCUUCAUACCUCGGCGUUACAGAGAGCACCCUGCAGUGGGUCCUGUACGAGCGGAUGAAGGGCUAUCUUGCACGGAGGAAGGAUCUUAUUGUGGAGAGUGGGCGCAAGGAGACAUUGUGGGACGGAUUUGUGGACUGGAGUGGAAAGUUGGGCGCAGCCGGGAGUGCAAAGCUGUUCGCAGCAAUUAUAACUUAUCCACAUGAGGUUGUUAGAACGAGACUGAGGCAAAGGCCAACAGAUGGGAAGGUCAAGUAUACAGGCUUGAUUCAGUGCUUUAAGUUGAUCUGGAAGGAGGAAGGGUUAGUAUCGAUGUAUGGUGGACUCAGCCCACAUUUACUCCGAGUGGUGCCAUCAGCUGCUAUCAUGUUUGGGAUGUAUGAGACAAUCCUGCGAUUAUUUGGCGAAAAGGCUUGA